AUGCGUUCCGUCUUCUACCUUGCUCUCAGCGCCAUUGCGUCUCUCGCGGCCGCUUCCGACAACCCGUUCAACGUCCCUGAGGGUGGCUACACCUUCACCGCGGGCAGCCCGACUACUCUCACCUGGGACCCGACUACUAAUGGCACCGUCACCCUGAGACUCCAGUGGGGUGCUGUCUUCACCACCACCACGGGCGAACUUAUUGCCGGGAGCAUCGACAACUCUGGUAGCUACUCUUGGACUCCUUCUGCCGAUCUUGCGGCCCGCUCGGACUACACCGUUGAGAUCAUCGAUGAUGAUAACACGGACGAUGUCAACUACACCCCGCGCUUCUCGGUAUCCGGUGCUACUGGAGCGGUGACCACCAGCACUGCCUCGUCAACCACGUCUUCUGCUUCCAGCACCAGUUCUUCCACCGACCAGACCUCCACCGUGAGCGCCACUACUCUGUCUACUACCACCUCGAGCGCUAGCUCUUCCACCUCGACCACCACGGCUGGCUCGAACUCUACCGUUUCGGCGACGUCCUCCAAGACUGCCUCGUCCAGCUCUUCGAACACCGCGAGCUCCAGCGCUUCUACUGCCAGCGUCACCACGGUGUCCACCAAUGCUGGUAUGGCCAACCAGGCCUCUAUUGGCAUGAUGGCCCUUAUCUUUGGUGCUGUUGCGCUCAUCUAA